AUGGCUCUAGAAAACAUUGAUGAAUCUUCCUCUCAUAUUGGGCCGAACGGAAUCUAUUUGCUCACUUCGGGUACACCCGACCAAGAAGGUGAUCUCCUCAUAUCAUACGUGACAGAGGUGCUCUGCGGAAUUUUGGAUCCAAGAAUUCACAUAGUAUUCUUUAAUGUAGACGAGAUUGCCUUAAUGAACAGUUUAAAACCAGUACCGGGUGCCUACCUGAGUAUCACAAAGACUGCCGAUACACUAAGGUAA